AUGUAUUUUUUUAUGCUCACAUAUCUGCACUGUCUCAACAAGCAAAUAGAGAAAAAAUUGGAAAGUAAUUUCGGAAAGAACUGGCAAGCCGACAAAAUUUGGUAUGGUGUCUCUAUUGAUAAAAAUCUAUCGGACAAUGUAUUCGGUACAAUAAAGAAAUUGGAAAAAUCAUUCUUUGCAAGUGGAAUAAUCAGGAAGAACGACGACCUUCGAAAAGCAAAAUUCUGUACCCGUGGUGAAGAAAUUCUACAAGCUAUCCAACACAAGUAUCAGCAUUUGGACUUUAGGUCGAAAUCAUACUUUGUUGUUGCACAGAUAUCUUCAAAGCAUAUUCAACUUAGUUUGCAUCAAGUGGAUGAAAUAAUACAUAUCGAUGAUGUAUAUGAUACACUUUGUAAGAGUAUUAUGAAGAGCAUACAAAUCAAUUAUCAAGUUGACUAUUGUACCACACAUAAGUACGGGAAGGAUAUACAAUAUGAUUUCCAGUCAUUUGAGAUGUAUAGCAAUAUUUAUCGAAAUUUAAAACCAUGUGUUGUUGAACUUGUAAGAUGGUAUACCUAUAACUAGCUUCUUGGUAGUUCGAAAAAAAC